GCUUGAAAGUAAAAAACCCGGGAAAAUUCAACCAUGGAAAUUCAAAUGGAAGAGAAAGAAAGAUAUUCACAUUCCUCCAUUAACAAACUCUCAUUGUUUCUCUCUCUUCUUCUUGUCUAUGAAAAAUUAUUCGAAUUUGUACCAACAGAAAAACCCUUUUAGGCUUUUCCAGUUUCACAGAAAAGGAAUUUUUUUGCUUCAAUAUUUCCCAAUUCUCAGCCGUCGAAAAUACCUUUUUAUCGAUCAUCCUUCUCAUCAGAUUCUCUCCCCUUUUUCUCUGCGAUCACUCUUUUUCUUUCUCUUCCAAGCCAAGAAUCUCUUUCUCUCUCUAAUUUUUCUGGGUUUUUAACUAUGCCCAUUUUCUUCUUCUCCUUCUUCUUUUCUCAUUUGUUCCCCUAUUCUAUUCCCAUUUCUGGGUCUUUUUCAAUCCAAACCCUCCAUUCCUGGAUCUUUUUCAAUAUACAUACACACCUUUAAGCUUCCAUUUUCAUGGCCGAGUCCUCUCAAGUUAACCAUCUUUCUCAACCUUGUAUCUAUGGGCUUUCUGCUUCUUCAAAUACAGAGAGGAAAUCGCGGUUCAUGAAAUGGUUAAGUAAGAUUUUUAAGGGUAGUGGCGGCGGCGGCGGUUCUAGUCGCGGUUCGUCCAUUGGUGGUCGACAUCCACAGUUUCUAGAAGACGAAAACAUGGUUUGGCGUGUGCCUUCUAGAUCAUUGGAUCGUCCUAGAGCAGAGAAAGACCAGGAAGAGUUAGACCGUGCUGUUGCAAGCUCUUUGUCAGAUGAUUUGAGAAGACCAGAUGGUUAUAAAUGGCGCACAGAGAAUGAGGAAGAUACUCCAACAGGGCAACAAGACAGCCUGCAUAGACCUUCUUAUGCCCCCUAUAUGCCUUCUUAUCCUGAUUAUCCUCCUUACGAUCCAGUCCCGUUUUAUCCAAGAGUGUACAGGUUAUGUAGUGGGUGCAACCGUGAAAUUGGGUAUGGAAAUUAUCUUGGAUGCAUGGGGACGUUUUUUCAUCCGGAAUGCUUUUGCUGUCGCUCAUGCGGUCAUCCCAUCACUGAACAUGAGUUCUCUUUGUCAGGGAGGGAUCCUUACCACAAAACUUGUUUCAAAGAGUUAACUCAUCCCAAAUGUGAAGUUUGCCAUCAAUUUAUCCCAACAAAUGCAGCUGGCUUAAUCGAGUAUAGAUGCCACCCGUUUUGGUCGCAGAAAUAUUGUCCCUCACAUGAGCAUGAUAACACAGCUCGUUGUUGCAGUUGUGAACGUUUAGAGUCUUGGAAUACAAGGUACAUUGCCUUAGGAGACGGAAGGAGUAUAUGCUUAGAAUGCAUGGAAUCAGCCAUCAUGGACACUGGAGAUUGUCAGCCUCUUUAUCAUGCUAUUAGGGAUUAUUACGAAGGGAUGAACAUGAGGAUAGACCAACAGAUUCCGAUGCUUUUGGUAGAAAGACAAGCACUAAAUGAAGCUAUUGUAGGGGAGAAAAAUGGGUAUCACCACAUGCCAGAGACCAGAGGUUUAUGCCUUUCGGAAGAGCAGACUGUGACCAGUGUACACCGAAGACCAAGAAUUGGCGGACAUAGAUUGGUAGGAAUGAGAACCCAACCCCAAAAGCUAACUCGAAGAUGUGAAGUUACUGCCAUUCUUGUUCUCUAUGGUUUGCCAAGAUUGCUAACAGGGGCUAUACUUGCUCAUGAGUUAAUGCAUGGAUGGUUACGUCUAAAAGGCUAUCGUAACCUGAGUCCUGAUGUCGAGGAAGGUAUCUGUCAAGUGCUUUCGUAUAUGUGGCUCGAAUCAGAAGUGAUGCCUAACUUUCGAAACAUUGCAUCGACAUCAACAUCCACAGCUUCAUCAUCAUAUUCAACCACAUCUAAAAAAGGAAGAACUUCCCAAGUUGAGAAGAAGUUGGGUGAAUUCUUCCUGCACCAGAUUGCACAUGAUGCUUCUCCUGCUUAUGGGGGUGGUUUUAGAUCAGCCAAUGCAGCCGUCAAUAAAUAUGGUUUACGUCGUACCUUAGAUCAUAUACGCCUCACCGGAAGUUUUCCCAUUUAAAUUAAAUUAGGAAAUUUUUUCACGAAUUCAUCUUUUAUAAUUUAAGUUUUUAUUUAAAAAACUACCUUAUAUAAUACAUUUUAACUAGCUAUCAAAAUCGUAAUAAUUUGAAAUGAAAACGAUUAUAUAAGGCGGUUUUUUGAAAAAGAAUUUAUAAAGCGGUUUUUGAGGUUCGUGAAAAAUUUGGGAGUAAAAAUAAUAUCCCUCUUUUUAAACACACUUUGACACAUACAGAAUAGUUGCUAUCUGUUCUCUGAGAAUUCAACAUCAGCUGACCAUGGAAAUACUAGAAUGAGUUUCCAAACAACCCUUUGUUUUUAUAGGGUCCAUUUACAAUUUACAUGUCUCUUAAAGAAUUAGAAUUGUGUACCAUUAUACAGGAGUAUUACCUAUAUAUAUAUAUAUAUAUAUAUAUAUAUAUAUAUAUAUAUAUUACUCCUAUAAUUUGUUCAGAAUUCUUAUAUUUACUGUGACUGUUUUCAAUUGAAAUAGCAUAAUCUUAUUAUAUUACGAAGA